AAAAAAAAACAAAAAGAUAACCUAAUUUUAUCCAUCAGUCAAGUAAUGAGAAGAGAUAAAAUUCCCUCCGGCAAAUAAAUAAAAUUCAUAGUUAUUUCCAUUACCAAUCAAAUUAAUAUAUUAAAGAUGGUUUCAAUGCUUUGUCCGGAUUUUAUGGAGUUUCAGGAUAUCUUGAAGAAAAUGCGAAUUUUAGAUGAUAAAAUAGUAUAUGCAUUAAAUACAUCACUACCCACGGAAUCCUUCCAAACUAAAGUUGAUGCCACAUCUGCUUGCCAAGAUUUAUAUUCACAGAUUCAGAAAGGACACUCUGAAAGAGAAAAUGUUAUCAAAAACUGUAUUGUAGUGACAGCAGAAUCUGUAAAAAAUUUGAAAGCAGCCAAGGAACAGACACCAGAUGAUUUUGAAGUUCUGAAAAACUUGAAAACUGAACAACGGAAGUUACGUCUUUUGCAAACUGAAUUGAGUGUUGAAGAAGUCAUAAAAGAAAAAACAACAAAACUAUUUACUGAAAAGUGCAGGACAUACUUUAAACCCAAGGAAUUAUGAAGACUGAGUAAAAUGCAUUUAUUUGUUAACAACUGUUAUGUAGUGUACAUAAUAUAAAUAGUGGUAGAAAA